AGCGGUAGCAGCAGCAGCAGCAGCAGCAGUACUGCCGUCGCUACCACCUCCUCGACUUGGUCGCAUCUCUCUCUCUCUCUCUUUUUCUCUCCCUCUCUCCCUCUGUCUCUCCUCCCUCUCCCUCAUACGUCGGCGUUACACCCCCCCGUCCCUCUCGACUCGCCGCACCAACCCUCUCGCGUGCGCCUCGGCGCCUCGUUCUCCUCCGGUGCCGAUGCCGCAGUACUGACUGCUUUCCGCGGAAGGUGGAAACCCGUGUAACGCGGCCGUAUAUAGAUUUUCAAUUAGUCAAGGGUCGGCCGUGGAGGAAAUUAUGUGUCGCGUGUCGCCGCGAGUCGCCGCGAGUACUUGAAAGAUCCGUCGCCGCCACCGCUGGCCGUCGUUAAACACCGUGCUCUUUGGAUAUUGCUAUUUAACCGGACGCAAUUCUCGUUGCGCGCGCGAGUGGCGAAACCGCGUGCGUACCCUCUUGCGCGCGGGGUACCGCGUCGCGUCGCGUCGCGUUGCGUCGCGCGCGUGUUGCGUUACAAUCGGCCAACGUGGAAAGAUCGAUUUUUCAUCGGCGACUCUCCAACGCAUUCGGAGCACUCGGGAGAGAAGAAAAAUAAAAGCGAAAGAGAGAGAAAGCGCGUAUACGAGGGUUCGACGCGAUCAAGUGUUUACCAGGAUCACGUUGUGGACUCGAUCCUUCCCCCUCUCCCCCUCCCCCGCCGCCCUAUGUGAGGAGCGAUGACGACUUGUCGCCAGUGACGACGGUCGCGGGAGUUAGGAGAUAGGUCGAUCUCCUCCGUCUCUGCCACGUCGCGUUGCGCUGCGCUACGCCGCGCCGCGCCGAGCGCAUCAUCAUCGCGGAGCAUCCCUGGCGAUCUUGGAGAACCAGGAUCACCCGCGGGAGCGAGGAUGUUGCGCGCGGCCUUCGCCGUCCUACUGCCCCGGCUCCUCGUAUUGUUGUCGCUGCUGAUCCAUUCAGGCGUCGUCGUCGUCGUCGUCGUCGCCCUACGCAUGACGUCUCUGCAGAUACCGGAGCACGUCGUGCUGAAUGAGACGGUGCGCAUGCAGUGCAACUUCAACUUGGACAAAGAGCAAUUGUACUCCGUGAAGUGGUACAAGGACGGCCACGAAUUUUAUCGCUAUACGCCCCGAGAUGCGCCCACGGUGCUAACGUUCUCGGUGCCGGGCGUAAACGUAAACAGGGACGAGUCCACCGAGAGUUCGGUUGUCCUGAACAACGUGAAUCUGACGAGUUCGGGGAGGUAUCGGUGCGAGGUGUCGGGCGAAGCUCCCGCCUUUGAGACGGUCUCUGAUCACGGGGACAUGACUGUAGUCGUUCUACCUAACGAAGGACCGCAGAUAACCGGUGGUCGUUCCAAAUAUCAGGUGGGCGAUGUCGUUCGCAUGAACUGCACGUCGGCACCUUCUAAACCACCUGCGCUAUUGUCCUGGUUCAUCAACGACGAGCCGGCCAACACCGACUACCUGAUAGGGCCCAAUAUCGUCAACGUGGAGAACGGUCUGCAGACCGCGAGACUCGGUCUGAAAUUCCACGUCGCGAACAAGCACUUCAGGCGAGGCGACAUGAAGCUAAAGUGCUUGGCCACAAUAGCCACGGUCUAUCUACAGAGCAACGAGGAGAGCGUGGAGGGCGACGAGAGCAUUCUGAAAACGCCUAUAAUGGAGAGCCGCGAGACCCGGGCGCAGAGCCACACUCGCGAGGACUUGACGAACGGAUCCGCAAGUGUUGCAGUCCAAUGGACGAUCCUCGUCGUCGCCCUGAUCACAUCGAUCGCAGCCGCGCGAUAAUAACGACGAGCGUCUUUCCUUUUUCCUUAUACUUUCGUCUCUUUCUUUUCCUUUCCUUUUUUCCACGUUGCUUCCUAAGCCAUGUAAAGCGUUAGAAGAGAUCGGUUUUCCAUCCUAUCUACUACUAAUUCCUAAUCCGCGUAAACCGAUAAAUAACGCGAUACCGAUAUGCAUAUAAUAAGUGUACGUCCAUUUACGCGUCGCCGCGACGUAAGUCUACAAUUACGUGCGCUCUAGGCUCUAAAUGUAUUAUCGUGCCCGCGCGGGGUGGACGAUCGGCCGAUCGAUCGCUUUGCGCGAUCUAUGGAUCGCGCACGACUCCCCGCGCGUUCGUUUAGAUCGUCCAAAGUCUCUCUAGCGGGAAAACGUCGCGAGAGGCGGCGUCUUUUGUAUCGCUUUCGAGAUACGAUUCGAUGUUAUUCUUACUACGAUGUAGAAAGGGGUUUUCUAUUUUCACGACAUAUCAUUUCUAUUCAUCCGACGAUCUUCCCAAAAACCGGAUGGUCUUUUCGGGCCCAGCUUGGACUCCCGCGAAAAUACGCUUUCACCCCGGAAUCGCUGUCGUCCGCUCUCUUCCUGUAUCCACCCCGCGUUUCGGCGAUUUCCCCGUACAAAGCAGAGUUGAUAAUAGCCACGAGGGCAGUCGCGAGUGAUUUCUUUAUAUGCUUGCGCACGGUGGAGGAAUCAUAUUCAUACGAACAAUUUCGUAGAAAAGCGAUAUAAAGAAAAUCUAUUCAUACGGGAAUUUAUUUCAUGAUAUUAACAACUAAAUCCUGAUUUCGAUCAUUUGACAUCUAAUCUCGUAAAAAUUAAUUUACUUCGACUUUUUUUUCACUCGCAAGUCUAUUGGGGACGCUCUUAAAUUUUCCUCCGACUUAUCAUUCUUCCGACUGUUUUAUUAACCGUGUUACUCCGUGGGUGUAUUUCUCUGUCUUUAUAGUUUCUAGCAGCUCUCGGUCGGUAUAUAGCUGAAUGCCGCUAAGGAAGUAGCAUUCCACUGACUAAAUAAUAUAAUAUCUCGGCAUAAUAAUAUCCUACAAUACGCACAUGAAGGAAAAGGUGCUAAGUGGAAAACCUCUCUGUAACACGGCAAUCUCUAUCAAACACCAUUGUUACACAUUCCCCGCCGUGUGACAUUCGCGCCGCAAUCGACUCGCGACCUGCUCCGGAGUAUCUUUUCAUAAAUGAGCCUUUCGUUGCAUAUAAAUCGGGGCCCACGUGGCCCCGUAGGUCAUAGGCAUCGCAACGCGAUUAAGUUGAAAUCCCGCUCGAUAACCCACGCGAAACGCUUAAUCGGGUCGCUGUCGUCCCUCUUCUGACUAAUUGUAAGGCAUAGUUAAUCUCAUAUCGGGUAUAUGUCACGCGUACGAAAUUACUAUCGUAUUUUCGAUCGAUAUUGAAAUAUCCCCCUUCUCCCCCCGACAACGCGCGCCGAUCGAGCCUAAAGGAGAGGAACGGUCCGAGCCUCACUCGUCCCAUGUCUCGUCCCCGACGUGUCGUCGUAAUUAACAACAAUCCCGUAAUUCCAAGCCGACAUUGGACAAACGACAACGGCAAGCGCCGCUUGAAUCGGUGUUUUUUUUCCUCGUUAAACACCGAAGCAAGGGAAUUACACCAGGUGUUGAUCGAUAGCGCGAUAUAUACGAAUAACGCGACAUUUCAAUGGAUUUGUAUAUUCGUAUAUAAAACCAGUUUAUAGAAUUGAAUUGCCGUCGUGAAUCGAGUUAGAAAAAAAAGCAUCCAACUGCUUUAAAUCCCCAAAAAUUGCAUUAUUUUUCGUCACGGUACACGAAACUUCGUAAAAGUGAAGUUCGUUAAACGCUUACGAAAUUUUAUUUAUUUAUCUCUCUUUUUGCGCUCGCGCGCGCGCGCGCGAACUUGCAUCGGUGCAUUUCUUUCAAAAGCCGAAUAUCGUUUUUGAAAUUUUAUCCGACUGCCGAUGGUUCACAUUGCACCACUGUGCAGUCGAUAAUAUACUACUCGCUAACUUUAUUGAAUAAUAACUUGGAAUAAAGUUUCCGCCUCGUCUAGUUACGGAGUACAGCUGCCUGGCGAGCACUAUUAGGGUCACUUUAUCCAUCGCUAUGUAUCGAUUCGAGAUGGUUUUAGCUAAGCUCUUGCGUAAGCGUAAACGAGAAUCUGAUCGCAAAAAAGGAGUAUAUAUAAAUACAUAUAUAUAUAUAUAUAUAUACACAUAUAUAUAUAUAUAUAUAUUUAUGUAUAUAUAUGUAUCUAUAUGCACGCACACAAACACACACAAAUAUCGAAAUAUGAAAGUAUAUGAAAGUAGCACAAAGAGCGGAAAAUCACCAUCGGCAAUCCGCGCGUUAUCAACUGUCGGCGGCCGAUCGAUACGCAAUUACGCUGGUUAGAUAUAUUUCGAUCCUGCCAGCGUAUUUUGACUGGAAACGAGUGGCUGUUGCGAGAUACACACCGGGCGGUGCGCUACAUGUUAUUGCCUUACACGAACAAAAAACAUAACAAGAAAAAUGUUAUUGUGAUUGAAACUCGUAUUACGCGUGUAGCGAAGCCUAUGGAACGCAUAGGCGUACACUCGACUCGUUAUAAAAAGGAAAAAAAAAUUACGCGACGGGAAAAAAAUGCUCUCUCGAUAUGAGCGUCGCUCCGUGUAAUAUAAUCCCGUCCUCAUCCACGUCCCCAUCCUCCUCCUUCUCCACCGUCUCGUUCUCCGCCACGCUCGAGCGAGGAAAACGCGCCUCGGAGCGUUUUUCCCCACGGCGGAAAACACGCGACACAGAUAUUUGACGGAAUUCCGUUUUCAACGCGACAAAUGGUGUACUUCCCUUGUAAAGCAGGAAGGAUCGCGUCGCUCUUGCCACGCGCGAAGAAAGAAAGCGAGGGACAAAUUGACACAUAUCUGAAGAGGACGAAGACCUUUUGCGAUUUUUUUGGAACGCCGUUGCGACGUUGACUCCGCGUGGUUUAUCCUGGAAAGAGAUAACGGGCGGUGUCCUAAAAUAACGCCCGAAAUUGAGGGCAAGUGCGACAAAAAGUAGCCGGCCUUCCAUGUUUAAACGACGGAUUUUCUUGCGUGUAUUUUUUCCCCGAGCGUAAUCCCCGGAACGAGCUUUUUCGUCGGUUGAAUAACGAAAGUGAGAUAAGAGUUUAUCGACAGUCCGUCAAUAAAUAUAGUUUUAUAAAUCUUCUUUGCGAGAAUGUGACAAAAAGGAGAGAAGGCCAUUGAUCUUUUUUUUUUUUUAUUUUUUAAGAGAGCACUCCUCUUUAGCAAGUUUAUAUUUCUUAUAAAUAUUUAUACAAUUUCUCGAAAGCGAUUUCUCGAGAGACAAGAGGGAAACCUAUCUUAUUCGAUUCGUGAUUUAAAAUAUCUUGAUUCUUUUAAUAGUUUUAUGCCAACUCGUAAUACGCAAUGAAUGAAAAAUUGGGGCGCACCUUAUUAUACGCAAAAGAGACUUUUUCACAUAUAUUUCCACUAUAAUAAAACGCAGAAUUUUUCAAUAAAAUUCGCCUCGCUCUUUCAUUCCAUUAUAUUCUUAACAAACAAUCAUUUGUUGGGACAAAAUGAGAAAAUGUUAAACACGGUCUCUCUUUCCAGGAUGAAAACGCGCCUGUAUUAUUAUUUCCGAAUCAACGUGAGCGCACAUCUCGAUACGCUCAAAAGUAGGUCCUUUCGAUAUAUUUUUCGUAUACAGACUCUCGGAAGUGCGAUAUAUUUUGCAUCGUGGAUUUUUCGAGCGCGCGUCGAGGCGCGAAAUUGACAGCCCGCGCGACUCGCGCGCGGCACGAUUGGCGUUUAAUAUCCGUUAAUCGAGUAGAAAACGCGUUUCAUACGGAAGGAAGUAGUGCGUUAAGGCCCUUAAUGUACGUGUCGUAUUACGAAUAAGUGUUUACAAGACUGUAAAUAUGUACAUAAUUUUCAUCGUUAUUAAAAUUAUUCACUAUUAUAAGGUGCCGAGUAUUAACAAUGUCGAAUAUAUAUUUUUUUUAAGCA